AUGUCAUCCAUAAUCAAUUCAAUCCAAUCGUCUUCUCAACGAAAUGCAGAAUUAUUAUCCAUACUCUCUGAAACAGAUCACGCAUCACCCUCAUUAAAUCAACAACGAUCCUAUAUAUCUCAACUCGAAUCACAAUUAAGAACCAUCGAUAAUCAAUUGAAAAAAUCAAACUCACAAAGAGAAUUUGAUCUGAAAGAACAUAAGAAAUAUAGUGAAAGUGUUUUUCGUAGAUUCGCAUAUAAAGCAUCUGGCCAAAAAGAUAAAUUCAAUGAAAAAGCUAAUAAAGAAGAAAAAGAUUAUUUUGAUUCAUUGAGAGAAUCACAGAACAACGAAAAUCAAAAAUCCAAUUUGAAAGAUUCGUUGGAACAAGCUAAAUUGAAAACAACUCAUUUGGAAAGUAUAGUCUCAAGACAUGAUCAGACACAAAAAGAGUUAGACGAGUUAUACAAUUCAAUAUUUAAUGGUAAUACACCUUCUUUCCCAGAAGAAGACGUACUUGAAAAUAAAAACAAUUCAGCUUUGAAAGAAUAUCAAUGUACGAGACAUUCAUUUGAAUGUGAGAAGAAGACCAUUGAGAUUCUUCAAUCUGCAAGUGAAUCUAUGAAACUCGCUUUGGGGUCAAUGAAGGAUGCGCUGAGUUAUUCAACUUGGGAUAUGUGGGGUGGUGGCUCAAUGUCUGAUAUGAUGGAAAGAAACGCCCUUUCAACAGCUGAAAGAUAUUGGUCAAACGUUCAAAUGUUAAAUCAACAAGCAAAAUUCUCAAGUCCGUAUGUGAAUGAUUUACCUAAAGUAGACGUGGCAAUGGGUAAUAUCAUGUCGGACGUUUUCUUCGAUAACAUAUUCACGGAUAUGGCAUUUCAUGACAAGAUCGAACACUCAAAUAGAGAUUUGAAUAUCGCUGCAGAUGCCUUGGAAAGGAAUUUACAAGAAGCUCAAAUUAGAUAUGAUCAGAUAGCAGUCGAUCUGAAGGGCAAAGAGAAGCGUUUGGAAGAUGCUAGGAGAGAGUUGCAAAAUAAGAGAAGUGAGAUCUUUAAUCGAGUUGCAAACCAAUAA